AUGGAAUGCAGCGGAGAGGCAUGGGAUCAGCUGUUCGAUGACUUCAAGACCUAUCGCGGUAAAGACGAGAACAAAAAGGGCAGCGGAGGACCGGUCAGACUCGACUCAUACCUGUGGAACGCCUUCAGCAUCAACACGGAUCCCCAGUGCUCUGUGCACGAUGCUCCCUGUGCUCCUCCCGAGUGCGGUAAGAACCAAUUUCCCGCUGCUGCUACCUACAUUCUGGGAUCUUUCUCGUAUCUACACCAGGCUGUCACGACCGUGUGGGACUCGGUCGUAACCAACCAAAUCAUAUCCCAGGGAGAUAUGUCAAACUUUGUGCAAUCGUUUGCUGAAAGGAAGGACACAACGGAUGAAAAGACGAUCAAGCUCAUCAUUGACAGUGUUACCUUCCUGCUUGGACUGUCAUCCGCAGUGUUAUGGAAUGACAAAUAUCUGAAGGGAAAGACGGGCGUCAGAUUCCCGAACAAUGGAAAAGCCAAGGAGGGCUCUGAAAGCCAAGAGGGGAACGAACGAUCGGUGUGGAAAGAUGUGUCCAGUGCCUCUAUUGCGUACGGAAUGACCGCUGGCAAAGACACUUUUACCAUUAUUUCCCUCCAGAACCAGCUUGCAGAAAUCAUGUGGGCCAACAACACCGAGAGCCGGGAUAAAGUCAAUGGCAUGAUCGCGGAUGGUGAGUUUGUUUUGGGGAAGUAUGCUGCCGGAGGUCUGGGAAAACUCCGAAGAACCGAUGCAUCCCUUCAUUCUCCGAAUAGACGACUCGGCCCUGAGCACUGGACGUGUGGUGAUGAGGUCGAGGUUGGUGGCGGCAAAUCCUUUAGUGUCAGCGAAUACAACCCAGGAAGGUACAUGGAUCCCGGGACAAAUGUCGGGACCCAUUGGUGCGACAACAACGACACCUCCAAGUAUGGAAUUUCGCUCGAGGAUAUUAUUACCUCCAGCUACGGAGGGUUCCUCAAGAACAACAAGCAAAAUGGUUAUUCGCUGCAAUCGGGUGAAUCGACGGUGGUCGGGGAAAAUUGGGAUUUGGAGGAUGAUGGAUGGCCUAUGCUCGGUACCAUCCAGACCCCCGGUUUCUUCAACUUCACCAUCUGCAUGGAUCCGAAACAAGCCAAGGACAAUAUCAUGGACCUUGUGCACCCUCCGUGUGGCACCGUGCCUGUCGAUGCCAAGGACGGUCCUGGAGGUGAGAACGAGGCUGGCUUCUUCCCGGGGUGGUGCACGAUCCACAUCACACAGUUCCAGCCAGACCAGUAUAAACAGGGAACCCACGAGAACUUCGAAUACAUCAACCCGCUGAAUGAAUAUCAACUGGCAGUGACCCUACUUGAUGGAGAGGGCAUUGCGCGAGCAUAUGCCACCAAGCAACCAGUGGACGGAGCCCUCGCAAUCGAGAGUAACCUGACAUAUCCGCUUAUCGUGCAAGAUAGCUACAAGGGCGAUGACAACAAAGACAUGCUCUCGUUCUGGUUCAACAACCAGUGGUGGUUGGAAGUUGACCAAAAGCACGAAUGCAACAUCGGCGCAUUCGACAACGGCAAGCGCGAAGGCUCUGGGAAUCCUCCUCGUGCAACUCCCACCAACAUCGUCAAUGCAUUCAAGGGAACCGGAACACCGUUGUCGUUUGACAAUGCCAAAGACUACAAGGCCGGCACAUGCGAACUGCACAUCCGCCAAUACCAGCAGAAUGAGAUGAGCAACUAUCUCAAUCCAGGAGCAUAUGCCCUGGAGCUCACACUGUACGAUAACGACGACGCUCUCAUUGCGUAUACCGAAAAGACAAAUCGCGCCGGCGGUGAUGGAAAGGAUACAGUCAAUAUCCAGGGUCCUCUAAAGUGGAUUGUCACCUGCUACAGCGCAAAGGACGAUUCAACGCCUCCUACGUGCAAAUACGGGGCUGAGGAUCUCACCCCCGGCAAAAAGAGCUUUAAUAACGGAUUCCGUGACUUUAGUGUCAAGUUUAAUUGCUGA